UGAAGGGUGUGGUGUGUAGCUUUUCGUGUAUAUGUUAGUACCGCGUAGCGUGCAUGGAUAUACAUGCUACCGCUAUCGAUAGUCCACUUGCGGCCAUGUUUUGAUGCUCGUGCCUGUCCAUCACCAUCUUUCCAUCUCGACGGCCCCUUUCCUGUGGUUACGCCUUGCCUCUGCUGCGCCGAGUUGCAUUUGCAGCUCUGCAUCGUGGUCUGCUUUUCCAUUGAGGAUGCUGGCACCGUUUAGGAAGGCGGACAGACGCCGCUUACAGCCCUUAUGCCGUUUCGAGACGGCUACGUCAUCGCCCAAAGGAGAGCUGCCCUUGUGCUCCCCCGUUUUUAAAUCUCAGCUGGCCGCUCGCCUUGGCGCGCCUUUGUCUUGGGGGAGGCGGGACACAGGCGGACAAAGUACAGCGAGGUACCGCGCAGUAGGCGCCUUCAGGGCUGUUAGGUACCGUCUACAGUGCAGGGAAAGGGAGCAACAGCAACAGCAACAGCAGCAGCAACAGCAUUGUGCCCUCUUCUGUGCGAUAUGACAAUUCGCUUCGACUGCCCGUGUAUGAGGUGAGCGUGACCAGCCGGCAAUUUGCAGCUGCAGAGCACUGGAUUGGCACAAGAAUCAAAUCAAGCUUCCGCGGCAGGCACCCGUUGCGCUGGUGGAUGGAGCGAAAUCCCUAGCCCGUGAUUAUCAAUCGCUGGCUGGCACCGC